AUGACGAUAUGUAAUUAUAACGCACGUACGCUUGCAUCGGAAGGGGCCAUCGAAGUUCUGAUGAUGCAAGCCGACAAGAUCAACUACGACGUCAUCGGACUGACCGAGACGAGACGACGUCACCCUCUCAACGCUGCAUAUGAAACUGGAGAAGAACUGUUCUUAGGAACAUGCGACAGUAGAGGUGUUGGUGGAGUUGACGUCCUCGUCAACACGAGUAUGGCAAAGAACAUCGACUCUUUCGAACAACUUACGACCCGAAUCGGACGUCUGCGGAUGAGAAGAUGUGGUCCAACACCAGCUUUGACUAUCUUCGUCGCUUACGCUCCAACAUCAAGCUACGAUGAAGAAGAAGUCGAAGCUUUCUUUAUAGACCUGGAGAAGUUCUACCGAAAAGAUCAUGCCUUCUACAAGGUCAUAAUUGGCGAUUUCAACGCCAAAGUUGGCCCGAGAAGAACACCGGAGGAACUUCACAUCGGGACCCACGGCCUACAAUGGAAUGACCAGGGAGAGAGGCUCGCCGAGUUCAUCAUGACGACUAAGACCAUCCAUGGGAACUCGCAAUUCCAAAACCCCUCUUCUCUACGCUGGACGUGGGAGUCACCAGGUGGAGGGUACCGUAAUGAAAUAGACCACAUCAUCGUCAAUAAAAGAGGGAGAAAUCCCAGAACUGUCAUCAAUUGGGAUCUCUUCGCUACGUUAGCCGGCUUUUGGGAAGAUUCCGCAAUGGACAACAUCGACGAAGAAUAUGACCGGCUCGUUGAACACCUUCGUGACUGCGCGAAGAAGGCUGAGAGUUCUAAAACCACCAAGAGAUGCCUGUCUCUUGAAACUCUUGAGCUGGUACGCCAGCGUGGAGCAGCACGAGCCGCAGGGAACCAAGAACUCACGUCCGUGCUCGCAAGGCUUUGCAGAAAGGCGAUAAAGGAAGACCUUGAAGAGAGAAGAGCAGAAGUGCUGGCUGAAGCUGCAGAGGCGGGGAAAAGCAUCCGCUAUGCCCGUCGAGACUUCGCCAGUCGCAAGACGAAGAUGACUGCUCUCCGGAGCCCAAAGGGAACAACCAUCGCAUCGAGAAGGGAAUGGAGAAAAUCAUCUACGACUUCUACUCUGAUCUCUUCGACAGCCAUAGGUUCUCCCGUCCGAAAUACGACAUGCUAUCAUGUCGGUAAGAAAUCGUACGGCACCCGGUCCCGACAGAAUAAGACCAGAACAACUGAAGAACCUUCCGCCAGUACUCAUCAACACCCUGGCGAGGCUCUUUACACGUUACCUGUCGUAAUGCAAGAUGACAUCGGCAAAUAUCGCCCAAUCUGCUUACUGUCCGUCAUCUACAAGCUCUUUACAAGAGUGAUCCUUAAUAAGAUUGAAAAAGUCUUGGAUGAAGGACAGUCAUGCGAGCAAGCAGGGUUUCGAAAAGGAUUCAGCACGAUUGACCACAUUCACACUGUUUCGAAACUCAUCGAGGUAUCACGAGAGUACAAGAUGCCGCUCUGUCUCACCUUCAUCGAUUUAAAGAAGGCCUUCGACUCAGUUGAGACGGAAGCGGUCGUGGAAGCCUCGGACAAUCAAGGCGUCCCUACUCAGUACAUAAAGGUACUUCGAGAGUUGUACAGUAACUUCACGACCGGAAUUGCGCCAUUCUACAAGAACAUCAUCAUUAACGUGAAGAGGGGGGACCCACAGGGUGACACAAUCUCACCCAAAAUAUUCACAGCCACCCUCGAGAACGCAAUGCGAAAGUUGGAAUGGGACUACAUGGGAGUGAAGGUCGACGGUCGGCAGCUACACCAUUUGCGCUUUGCUGAUGACAUCGUAUUGAUAACACGUAGCAUCAGCCAAGAGGAGCGAAUGCUGACCGAAUUCGACGAAACAUGUGGAUGCAUCGGUCUUCAGCUGAAUCUGGACAAGACGAUGUUCAUGUGGAACGGAUGGGUCUCGGGUGCCCCAUUCACGCUCAACGGAACGAACAUAUCCGAAUGCACCAGCUACGUUUAUCUGGGUCGGGAACUAAACAUGAUGAACAACAUGACCCCCGAGCUGGGCAGGAGGAGACGAGCGGCUUGGGGAGCGUAUAAGAGCAUUGAGGAUGUAGUGAAGAAGACCAGGAACACCCGGCUCCGUGCUCACCUCUUCAACGCCACCGUACUUCCUGCUUUGACCUAUGCUUCGGAAACCUGGGCAUUUCGCAAGCAGGAAGAAAACGCGGUGAGCGUCAUUGAACGCGCAAUUGAGAGAGUGAUGCUAGGAGUAUCCCGUUUCACGCAAGUGAGGGACGGGAUUCGAAGUUCUCUCCUACUUCAACCAUCGAAGAUUAGAAACGCCACCGCGUUUGCCAAGGAAAGUAAAAUAAGGUGGGCCGGACACGUGAUGCGCUUUAAUGACAACCGUUGGACCAGAGACGUGAGCGACUGGGUUCCCAGCGAUAUUAAGCGCACUACAGGAAGACCGCCGACCCGAUGGUCAGAUUUCUUCACGAAGUCCUUCAAAGAAAAAUGUGAUGCUAUUCGUGUCCCACGCGAAAGGAGGAACCACUGGGCUACUCUGGCACGCGAUCGGGACAAAUGGAAGAAUUACUGGUGCCCGCUCGACCAGUUCGAAGAUCAACGGGAGUCAAGGUGA